CGCCCGCCGCCGCGCUCGCUCGGGGUUGCGGCCGUCUGAGAGAACUUGGGAGCCCCUCCAGGAGAAGAAUUUAAAGCAAGGAGAAGAAGGGGGAGAAGCGGAAGAAGCAAGUGGAUAAUGUCAACCCCGAGCAGAUUCAAAAAGGACAAAGAGAUCAUAGCGGAGUAUGAAAGUCAAGUGAAAGAGAUCCGAGCUCAACUCAUCGAGCAGCAGAAAUGCCUGGAGCAGCAGACUGAAAUGAGAGUGCAGCUUCUUCAGGAUCUGCAGGAUUUCUUCCGCAAGAAGUCAGAAAUUGAGAUGGAGUAUUCCCGAAACCUGGAAAAAUUGGCAGAGAGAUUCAUGGCAAAAACGAGAAGUACAAAGGAUCAUCAGCAGUACAAGAAAGAUCAGAACCUCUUGUCGCCAGUGAAUUGCUGGUACUUACUCCUGAACCAAGUGAGAAGAGAAAGCAAAGACCAUGCAACGUUGAGCGAUAUCUACCUGAACAAUGUAAUCAUGCGGUUCAUGCAGAUAAGCGAAGACUCCACCAGAAUGUUCAAGAAGAGCAAAGAGAUUGCAUUUCAGCUUCAUGAAGACUUAAUGAAAGUUCUUAAUGAGCUUUACACAGUCAUGAAAACAUACCACAUGUAUCAUGCAGAGAGCAUCAGUGCAGAAAGCAAACUGAAGGAGGCAGAGAAGCAAGAAGAAAAACAGAUUGGGAGGUCAGGAGACCCUGUUUUUCAUAUUAGACUAGAAGAAAGGCACCAGAGACGGAGCUCUGUGAAGAAGAUUGAAAAAAUGAAGGAAAAACGUCAAGCAAAAUAUUCUGAAAACAAGCUGAAAUCUAUUAAGGCCCGUAAUGAAUACCUGCUCACCCUUGAAGCAACCAAUGCUUCUGUUUUCAAGUAUUAUAUUCAUGACCUUUCGGAUUUAAUUGAUUGUUGCGAUCUUGGAUACCACGCUAGUCUGAACAGAGCCCUAAGAACAUACCUUUCUGCAGAGUAUAACCUUGAAACUUCCAGGCAUGAGGGCUUAGACAUCAUUGAAAAUGCAGUUGACAGCUUGGAGCCACGAAGUGACAAGCAGAGAUUCAUGGAAAUGUACCCCACUGCUUUUUGUCCACCAAUGAAAUUUGAGUUCCAGUCUCACAUGGGUGAUGAGGUUUGUCAGGUCACUGCCCAGCAACCUGUGCAAGCAGAGCUUAUGCUUAGGUAUCAGCAACUACAGUCGCGACUGGCCACACUCAAAAUAGAAAAUGAGGAGGUUAAGAAAACAACAGAGGCUACACUGCAGACAAUACAAGAUAUGGUCACCAUUGAAGACUACGAUGUGUCAGAAUGUUUCCAGCACAGUCGCUCAACAGAGUCUGUGAAGUCAACAGUCUCCGAGACAUACCUGAGUAAGCCUAGCAUUGCAAAAAGAAGAGCUAACCAGCAGGAAACAGAGCAAUUCUAUUUCAUGAAGUUCAGAGAAUAUCUGGAAGGUAGUAAUCUCAUCACAAAACUUCAAGCAAAACAUGACUUGCUGCAGAGGACACUUGGAGAAGGUAAAUGUCACAGGGCUGAGUACAUGACAACAAGGCCUCCAAAUCUUCCCCCUAAGCCCCAGAAACACAGGAAGCCCAGACCCCGAUCACAGUAUAGUGCUAAGUUGUUUAAUGGUGAUUUGGAGUCAUUCAUCAAGGAUUCAGGACAAGUCAUUCCUCUCAUAGUGGAAAGCUGUAUCAGAUUUAUCAAUUUAUAUGGUCUUCAGCAUCAGGGAAUUUUCAGAGUGUCUGGUUCCCAGGUGGAAGUCAAUGAUAUUAAAAAUUCAUUUGAGAGAGGUGAAAAUCCUUUGGCAGAUGACCAAAGUAACCAUGACAUUAACUCAGUUGCUGGAGUACUGAAGCUCUAUUUCCGAGGGCUGGAAAACCCUGUCUUUCCUAAGGAAAGAUUUAAUGAUCUUAUUUCUUGUAUCAGAAUAGACAAUCUCUAUGAGAGGGCUCUUCACAUCCGCAAACUCCUCCUUACUUUGCCCAGGUCGGUCCUUAUAGUGAUGAGAUACCUCUUUGCCUUCCUCAACCACCUUUCACAGUACAGUGAUGAAAACAUGAUGGAUCCGUACAACCUGGCCAUUUGUUUUGGGCCAACCCUGAUGCCUGUUCCAGACAUACAAGACCAGGUGUCUUGUCAGGCACACGUGAAUGAGAUAAUCAAAACUAUCAUCAUCCAUCAUGAGGCUAUUUUUCCAGAUGCUAAAGAACUUGAUGGCCCAGUGUAUGAAAAAUGCAUGGCUGGAGAUGACUACUGCGACAGCCCAUACAGCGAACAUGGUACAUUGGAGGAAGUGGACCAGGACGCUAGUACAGAGCCCCACACCAGUGAAGACGAGUGCGAGCCCAUAGAAGCUAUAGCCAAGUUUGACUACAUUGGAAGAUCUGCACGAGAACUCUCUUUCAAGAAAGGAGCUUCCCUUCUGCUCUAUCACCGAGCAUCUGAAGACUGGUGGGAAGGAAGGCACAACGGAAUUGAUGGCCUUGUCCCUCACCAGUACAUAGUGGUGCAGGAUAUGGAUGACACUUUCUCAGAUACACUGAGCCAAAAAGCAGACAGUGAGGCCAGCAGCGGACCCAUAACUGAGGACAAGUCAUCAUCCAAGGACAUGAACUCUCCCACUGACCGUCACUCUGACGUGUACUUAGGAAGGCAAAGAAAGAGAUCAGAACCUCCACCUCCUCUAAGACGCCCUGGCAGGAGCAGUGAUGGUCACUGCCCAGUACAUCCACCUCACCCUCUCUCCAACUCAUCCGUGGAUCUAGGUUCCCCCAACCUGGCAACUCACUGCAGUCCCAGAGCCCUCCUUCAAAAUCGCAACCUCAAUGCUGACAGCCCUGAAAGGCGGCGUAGACCCGGACAUGGCAGUCUCACUAACAUCAGUAGGCACGAUUCUCUAAAGAAGAUUGAUAGCCCUCCAAUUAGAAGAUCUACAUCAUCUGGUCAGUAUACAGGUUUCAAUGACCAUAAACCACUGGACCCAGAGUCAAUAGCUCAGGACAUCGAGGAGACAAUGAACACAGCACUGAACGAGCUCCGUGAGCUGGAGCGGCAGAGCUCGGCGAAGCAUGCCCCUGACGUCGUGUUGGACACCUUGGAACAAAUGAAAAACACCCCCACGCCUGCCACCUCCACAGAGUCGCUCAGCCCUCUCCACAGCGUCGUUUUAAGGAGCUCCGAGCCUCAGAUCCGCCGUAGCACUAGUUCUUCCAGUGACACCAUGAGUACUUUCAAGCCCAUGGUGGCCCCUAGAAUGGGAGUGCAGCUGAAACCUCCUGCUCUUAGGCCAAAACCUAUUGUUCUUCCAAAAACAAAUCCUAGCAUAGGGCCUUCCCCUCCUUCCCAGGGUCCAGCUGACAAAUCUUGCACAAUGUAGACAGCUCGGCCACCCACAGUGCCCGGCUGGGGUAUGCUAGGGAAAGGGAUGGAUUAACGAUAGAAGUCAGGGCUCCAUAACAUCGUUUGUUCAUGUUUGUAACUGGAGAGCCUUUGUUUUUCAGUGUUUUUGAAUGUAUUGUCUGAAACUAGCUACAUUAACAUGGGCAUUUGUAUUUUGUAUGGUUUCAAUUAAAAGACAAACUGGACAAUUGUGCAUCAUUUUAAAAAACAAACAUAGACUUACUUGAAAACCUGAUGCUGCACCAUUUGUAAUAAAAACAGCACGGAUCACAAACAGCUUGCCAUGUUGUACCAUACUUCACAGUCUUACUGUAGCUAUAUAAUAAGAGAUCCUGCACAAAACUAAGGGGCGGGAGGGUCAGGGGAGGUGGGACCUCUCAUUUCUGGGUCACCAAACCAAAUUUCAAGCAGGUUAGUGAGAGCUGAAAUCUAGCACGUGAGGAUUAAGUGUCUGUGUGGAAUAUCUAAGUCAUCUCGGGCCACAUUUCUUAUUUAAGACACACCAGAAAAAAAAAACCCAAACCACCAAACCCUCACAAGUCUCAUAAUUGGCACCAAGUUUUAGCUUUCUUGUUGGCAGUCUCACUAGAGACAAGCGCGGGAUGGAUCUGGAGAUCACAUUGCUCUCACCGAUAAAAAGCAGCAUUCCAGGUCACAGCUAAAGCACAUCUCCAGGAUAGUAUCUAGAAACUCCUUUUGCUGCCCUCUGUAAUAGUGUACAUUUUCCCAUGAAGCUAGACUUUCAUUCCCUGAUACCACGUUGUUCACAAAAGCUAAAUUCAUUUGAAGUUCAUAGUCGAGCGAGCCAGGCUUUGGGGAGUACGUGAACCUGUUGGU